AUGGAUCUUAAAAUCCUCUCAUGUAACAUUAGGGGUCUAAAUGCUAUUGAAAAGAUAGAUACAGUGAAAGAUCAAAUUCAGAGACGUAAACCAGUUUGUGUUUUAAUUCAAGAAACUAAAAUGAUGAAAGUUUGCGAUUGGUUCAUAAACAACUUAUGGGGAAACAACAACAACAAAUGGAGAAUCAUUCCUUCCAGGGGUUUGUCAGGAGGAAUAAUAACCAUAUGGGAUGAUACCCAGUUAAGCUGCAUAGAUGAACUCAUUGGUCCCAACUCAUUAUCUCAGAAAGUUAAGUGCAGAAGCGAUAAUUUUGAAUGGAGCCUAUCAAAUGUUUAUUCACCGUGUGAGUAUGAUGAAAGAUUAGAGUUCUGGGUAGAUAUGGAGGACUUAAUAGGAUGGCUGUCAGAUGCUUGUGUUUUGGCUGGAGACUGGAAUGCAACAAGAAGAGCUGCUGAAAGAAACAAAGAGGGAGGAAGAACAAGGAGUAGGAGAUUGUUUAAUGAAUUCCUAGAACAACAUCCUUUCAUUGAUUUGCCACUUCUUGGAGGGAAGUACACAUGGUCAAAUAUGAAAACUCAGCCUCUAUUAUGCAGACUUGACAGAAUUCUGGUAUCAAUUGCUUUUGCAGGUAAAUUUCCUCAUCUUGCUCAGCACCUCUUAUCUAGAUCCCUGUCAGAUCAUAACCCAAUAAUGCUCACAACUACUAACAUUGUUAGACAAAAACCUUCUUACAAAUUUGAAGCUUACUGGUUGCUUAAUAAGAACUUUCUAACCAAUCUUCAAAUUUGGUGGUCUGCACUGUCCUUCACUGGAGCACCAAGCUAUGUUUUCUCUAAAAAGCUACAAAGCCUGAAAUUCAUUCUGAAGAGAUGGAGCAAAGAAACAUAUGGAGGAACUCAAUCUUUGAAAAAUGAGUUAAAUGAGAAACUAUAUGCACUUAACUUGUUGGAGGAGCAGGGGCCACUACAACAACAAGACUUUAUAGACAGAGUGGAAUGGAAAUUAAAGCUGCAACAAAUUAGUGCAGAAAAUCAAAGAAUGCUUAUGUCCAGGGACAAAGCAAAACACUUCAUAGACGGAGAUGACAACACUAGAUAUUUCCACAGCCUUGCAAAUGGCAGAAGAAGGAAAAAUACAGUACACAAGCUGGUAAUUAAUGGCCAUGAUAACUUCUGUCAGCAAGAUAUCAAAAAAGAAUUCUUAGAGCACUUCACCAAAUUGUUUGAGGAUGAGCAUCCAAUAAGACCUCAACUGGACAACAAUGAAUUCACAAAAAUACCCUUAGAGGAUCAAGUAUGGAUGGAAAGACUAAUUGAAAAAGAUGAAGUAAAACAGAUCAUUAUGCAUUUUAAGAAUGACAAAUCUCCAGGCCUAGAUGGGUAUCCCAUAGAGUUCUUAAAGGAAGCAUGGGAUAUAAUAAAAAUAGAUUUAAUGGCAGCAGUUCAUGAAUUCUAA